AUGUUCAACGGCAACAACCCCGAAACGUGGGUGUCGCGGCGCGGGGCUAAGCGUACCGUGCCCAUGGAGGUCAUUGUCGUGGGAAUGCCGCGAACGGGCACGCUGUCAAUGGUGACGGCGUUCGAGAAGCUGGGCUAUGAAGGCGUCUACCAUAUGAUCUCGUGCUUCGAAAACCCAUAUGACUGCGACAUGUGGCGUGAGGCCGCCGACGCAAAAUGGUUCGGCAAAGGCAAGCCGUACGGACGCGAGGAAUGGGACCAAUUGCUGGGUCACUGUAAGGUUGUGACGGAUUUUCCGCCUGCGGCCUUUGCCGACGACCUCAUCGCGGCGUACCCUGAGGCCAAGGUGGUGCUGACGCUGCGCGACGAGGACGCAUGGUUCAAAUCGGUGGACGCGACCAUUGGCGCGCAGAUGCGGUCAUGGCCGCUGUGGAUGCUGUCGAAGGUCGAGCCGGAGUUCCUGGGGCGCUUCAUGGGCAUGGCACCGAGGCUAUGGGAGGGCUUCUUCGGCGGACCCGCGUACCCCGAGGAGAAGACCAACAAGGCGGGCUUCAGGCGUCAAAACGAGCUCAUCCGCUCUCUCGUGCCUGCCGAUCGCCUGCUUGAAUACCGCGUUGGCGAGGGCUGGGAACGCCUGUGCGAGUUUUUGGAGAAGCCGGUGCCGGAGGAGCCGUUCCCCCGCGUCAACGACACACAGAACAUGCAUGUUGCCAGACGCCGCAUGCUCACCGACGCAGCGGCUAAGGUCGUCUCGAGAGCGGCAAAGAUUUCUGUGCCGUUGAUGGUUGUGGGCGUGGCUCUGUUCUUCGCCAGGAAGCGCGUUGUUUGA